UCUCCAUUUUCAAAAUGGCUAAUCUUUAUUGCGCACACCAGAGUUGUUCAGCAUAGCAGUUUAAAUAAAGAGACGGAUCGUUUGAAUUAUUCAAGAGAGGACGUACCAUUCUUCCCCCUCCAGACUGAAACAACAUGAUGGAGCUACCCAACUACAGCAGCCAGCUGAUGCAGCAGCUGUGGGCCCUGAGGAAGGAGGGCCACUUCUGUGACUGCACCAUCCUGGUGGGAGACAGCCCUCACCGUGCACAUAAACUGGUGCUGGCUGCCUCCAGCAUGCUCUUCAGGUCUCUCCUGGAUGGCUCCGACACUAUCUCCAUCGACACAGCCAUGGUUUCCUCGCAGGAGUUUGGCUGCCUGCUGGACAUGGUCUACACUGGCAAGCUGCCGAUAGGCAAACACAACGUCAGCCGCAUUGUUGCCGCUGCAGACAGCCUGCAGAUGUUCGACGUGGCUGUUGGCUUCAAAAACGUCCUCACCAGUCUUGUGAGCCAGCAUCCCCCAAUCCCUGUUCAUUCUACACAGAGCCCAAGCCUUACCGUGAUCAACAAAACCCAGAGCCUGAAGUGCGAAGGUCCAGCUUCACCCAACAAGGACGGCUCAGAUUUAGAGAAGACAGGGCUGAAGGCUGAGCUGAAGAAGGAAAACUGUCAAGGGGACAGACAGGAUGACAGUGAAGACCCAGAGGAACCAGCAUGUAAAAGGACCUGUGUGGAGCUCUCCGAGUCCUCAGAGCCUGAAGAAGUCAAAUCCUCAGAAAGUGAGGUGGAAGAAAACAACACGACAGCAGCCACGGUAUCCAACGGGUCUGCUGCUGGUCUACUAAAGCAUUUCUCCCAGAAUAUGGAGCUUCUCAGCAGCAUGCCGUCUGUCCUGGAGCUGCUGAGCCAGGCAGCACAGAGCAGCCUGGAGGAACAGGAGAGACGGGUUGUGUGUCAGUGCUGUGAGGAGGCAGAUCCUAGCUCAGCGUUGGAGAAGCUGGUGAGCAGAGUGAAGGAGGGGCAGCUCAAUGAAGAAGUGCUUCACAGACUGCUCCAGACUGUUCAGCACAAUGCUCCUUCCUCCUUCCCCAAACCACUGCUCUCUCUGCUGGAGGAGGCAGAGGGGAACACACAGGAGCCAGAAGGGAACCAAGGUGGAGGUAAAGAAGAGCACUUUGUGACUCAGUGUAAGCGGAUUUGUCAACUUUUUUCAUUCAAAACUGAACAGAUGUCUGUUAGGUCACUCUGUAGAUGUUCCACAGACACAAACGUAUGCGAUGUUCAAAAGCUUAAAGUGUGUCACAUUUCUGCUCCCUCUCGCCAUAUCUCAGGCAUGAUCUACCACAAACGCACUGAGCACUUUGAGGAGAAACCGUUUGCAUGUGAGGACUGCGGAGCAAAGUUCGGCGCCAACUCAUCUCUGAAGAACCACAUGAGGCUGCACACGGGGGAGAAACCUUACCACUGCAAACACUGCGAUAUGAGCUUCAGUGUGGCUGCCGCACUCGCGUACCACACCAAGAAGAAACACUCAGAGGGGAAGAUGUAUGUGUGUCAGUACUGUAAGGCCAUCUUCGCCCAGUCCAUUGAACUGACGCGUCACGUGCGGACACACACUGGUGAUCGGCCUUAUGUGUGUCGAGAGUGUGGCAAAGGCUACAGCCAGGCCAGCGGACUCACCGUCCACCUGCACACCUUCCACAAUUUGUCGGAGCCUCAUGACUGUCAGAAGUGUUGCCUCAGCUUCUCCUCGCUGGAGGAGCAUCGCCAGCACAUCCAGGAGUUCCACCCAAAGGAGUUCCACAAGUGUCCCACCUGCAACAAGGUGUUCACCAGCGCCGCCCUGCUGGACAAACACAAGGGCACACACGCCGGAACCAAGCCCUUCAGCUGCGACCUCUGUAACAAGUCUUACCAGCAACUCUCAGGUCUGUGGUACCAUAACAGGACCAACCACCCCGAUGUGUUUGCUAGCCACACCCGGCAGCUCAAGACCCUGGUCCAGUGUGAUGUCUGCUUCAAGUUCUUUCCCAGUGCCGCCAGUGUGGCCAAACACCAGGCUGCAGAGCACCAAGGUGAGGAUAGGUGGUCUCAAAUGUGGCCUUCACCAGAAGGAUUCGGCCCCUCAGACACAUUUUGCUACAUCUCAACUUCAGGGGAUGUUUCAGGAAUCUGCUGUAGAUAUGUAGAACGAUUUUAACACCAGUGACAUGAC